AUGAUGAAGGAACGACGAAAAAGUUAUACUUGUCACUUCAAACUAAAAGUCGUAGAUUACGCGGAACAAAAAAAAUCGAAUGGAAAAGCCGCUGAAUAUUAUCACGUACACCGGCGGCGCGUUCAGGAAUGGAGAAAUCAAAAACAUAAACUUAUUGAACAAAUUAAUUUAUUAAAAGGUGACACAAAGAGACUGUCAGGUGGUGGACGAAAGAUUGAUCCAAAUAUAUUGGGACUACAUGCGCUAAAGGAAAAGCUAUCACCUAGCAUUAGAGAGCGGCUUGCGGCAGGUGUAAAAGUUACAGCAAAUGAUAUAUACGCAGAGGGAAUCACCUUUAAUAACAAGGUUUCGCACCAAUGGGCUGAGAAAUUAAUACACAAGAUCAAAACCGAGAUGAAAUCAACAGAGCAAACUUUACUAGAUAUGCCUCAGCGAUCAAACGCACGAAAACGAGACCACAUUUUACGCGCGUUAAAAACAAAGACAUACUCCAUACAUGAUUGGUUAGAUGGAAACACCAGUGAACACACGUGA